CACACGACUGCGGCUUUGUGAGGUGUUUUACAUACAAGAUCUGAAACACCGACAAGACCACUUAAUUUGGCGGUCAAGUAUUUAAACCCAUGCUAAGGGCCCCAAGCGAUUUGAAGGGUUUCAAUUGCGAAUUUAAUGAGAGUUUAAGGGUCAACUCGAAACAUCCAUCAAGCGCAUCCGUCACAUCCAACAUUCACUUCCUACAUACCAUUGCCUACCCACACUCACCCACAAGGAUCAAGGUGGGACAUUCCUUUAAUUAAGUCUCAGAUCUGUACGAUCCUGACAUACCAUCAUCAUACUUUCGUUAAUGUCAAACAAACCAAAGGUCAAGUUCGAGGACGAACAGUCCAGCACUGAAGAGGUCAAGGAAUCAUUACGUUUAAUCGAAGAUCUCAAGUUCUUUCUCGCAACCGCCCCCGCCAACUGGCAAGAAAAUCAAGUCAUUCGGAGAUACUACCUAAACCACGAUGAGGGCUUUGUUAGUUGUGUAUUCUGGAAUAAUUUAUACUUUAUAACCGGGACCGAUAUCGUCCGUUGUAUUGUAUAUAAGUUUAACCACUUUGGUAGAAAGAUCAUUGACAGAAAGAAAUUCGAAGAGGGAAUCUUCUCCGAUCUCAGAAACUUGAAAUGUGAUACUGAUGCAAUCUUGGAACCUCCAAGAUCAGAGUUCUUGGAGUUCUUGUUCAAAAACUCCUGUUUAAGAACUCAAAAGAAACAGAAAGUAUUCUUUUGGUUUAACGUUCCUCACGAUAAGUUAAUGGCAGAUGCCUUGGAACGUGAUUUGAAGAAAGAAAAAUUGGGUCAAAGUCCUACUACCAUAGCUAAUAAGGAACCAGCAAAAUCAUUCAAGUAUGACGAAAAUGCCAAUUUGUUCACUCAAUUGGCUGAUCAUAUCGACAGACAGAAGAGAUUGACAGAAACUCCUAGCUCCUUUGUUGAGGGUUCAUCCUCUUCAACUUAUAGAAACCAAGACUAUUCCAAUCCAGCAACAGCGACAGCCACAACAACAAACUCGACCUUACACACCAAUCAAGUGCAUCCCAAAGAUGAAGGUUAUAGCUUCUUGAAUCAAGACACACCAGCACAGUACAAGACGAAUUCAGACUAUGAGGAUGAUUUUCCUCUUGAUUAUUUCGACCCUAACGAACCACGAAUGCAUGAAGAAUAUAUCACUUUGGAUCCAAAUUAUCAUCCAGGUGGAGCAUAUGGAAACUUGACAGAGGAUAAUUAUGAUUCUAUCGUUGAUCCAUUAGUGUUUACUCAACCCAACAUGGCAUUGUCUUCUACUAAUCAAGUGGCAUACAAUGACGAAUAUCUCAUUGAACAAACCCAACCAUUGAAAACCCCUUUGCCCCCUAUACAACAACCAAAAUCAGCUAAAUAUGGCCCAAUAGCUUCUGCAUCUGAUGAGUUCUUUCCUACUUUUCAACCACCUCCACUUUCUGCCAAGUAUCAAACCAGUUUCCCUCGUCAUGGCACUACUCCAUCUUCUAUUUCUUUUCCACCAUCAAUCAACCAACAACCGCAAUACUACGACCAUUCCGUUCAACCAGUUUCAUAUUACCAACAUCCAAUUGAGGGCCCGGUCUACAAUUAUGUGCGCCAUGAGCCAGACUACUGGCCUCAACCACCACAGAGUGCCAUGUAUGGUGGGUCAAUGGAUCAGAUGGUACAAGUACCAGUGCAUCAACAAUAUGUAAUCAUGAAUGAGGAGUAUGUUCCCAAUAACAACAUGUACCAACCACAACCGUACGCCAACCCUAUCAUUUACUCAUCCGGCCAACCCAAUGCAUCAAGACAAUCAAGUCAUAUUUUAAAGAACAAAAGACAUUUGUAUCAGAAUAAAGGUGGAGUUACGAAACCUGAUUCUGAUCCUAGACAUUCAAGGAAUUCAGCAUACUCUUCGUUAGACGAAGUAAUCAAUUCCAAUGCGACGAAGGUAUUGAAUUUAAGAAAGGAUGAUGAACACAUAAAAUCUGAAAUUUCAGAAAAUACAAUACAAACUCCACCACCUUCUUCUAGCGGUCAUGUUCAAAAAUAGACUUAUUAAUGACUAAUCAUUUUAACUUUAUAGACGACACGAGACAUAUUUAUUGUCCGUAUCUGUACUUCUAUUCUUCAUCUGUG